CGGAACUGUUCGCUCCGUUCGCCGCGCCUCUGGGCUGCGAGAGGGCGAUACGGAGAGCCCGAGCUCCAUCCCGCUGCCCCACGGGAGCGCUUCCCUCCUCUGCCCCGCGCUGCCGCCGGGGGAGCGGGGCCGGAGCCGGGCGGGGCCGGACCGCCCCGGGCCCGCCCUCUGGCAGCGCCGCGGGCGCGGAGCCCGCCCGGCCCCGGGAGCGGAGCCGCUCCUGCCGCGGGGCCAUGGCCCUGCUGCCGCGGCGCUUCCUCUGCUUCGUGCUGGCCCAGCACUUCAUCGCAGCCACGGCGUGCCAGGAGGCCGACUACGGCGCCAUGAUCCGCCACUACUGCCUCAAGGAGUUCCAGCACAGCAUGGAGGGCAUCGGCCAGCGCCUCUGGUGUGACUGGGACGAGACCGUGGGCACCUACGGGGAGCUCACCAACUGCACGGCGCUGAUCGCCGAGAAGCUCGACUGCUACUGGCCCAACCGGCUGGUGGACGAGUUCUUCGUGGCCGUGCACAGGCAAUACUUCAGGAACUGCUCGCCGUCGGGCCGGGCGCUGCACGACCCCCCGAACGGCGUGCUGUGUCCCUUCAUCGUGCUGCCCGUGCUCGUCACCCUGCUCAUGACAGCGCUCGUCGUGUGGCGGAGCAAACGCAGCGAGGGCAUCGUCUAGGGGCGGGGAGGGACGGGCGGGUGUUCCCUGGAUUUGGGAAGCGCUGCCGGAGGGUACCGAGCCCCGGCGGCAGGGACAGCAUCGGCACCGCUGCUCCUCCGCCCGUGGGCCCGCUGUUUCCCAAAAAAUGGCAUUUCAGCGGUGGGUGCUGGGCGGAGUGGGGACUCCGCGGGGCUCCCCCCGCACCGGCUCCGCUCCGCCUCUUCCAGCGUGUGCGAGCAGGGGAAUUGUAAAGGGAAAAACCCCAGGGGGGUGUGGGGAGUUUGAAAUCCUGCCAGCGGGUCUGGGGGCGCCUGAACAUCCUCGGCUUCCUCUCUGUCCUAUUCUGGGCUCCCCCCAGACGUGGAAAGGCAUCUUCUCCCCCAGCCCCCUGCACAAGGGCUGGGUUUGCCUGGGAGCUGGGGAGCAACGCGAGGAGGCUGGUGGUGGGAGCGGGUGGUGCCCUGGGGCUACUAACAAGGAACGGGAAUAAGGUGCUUUUCCUAAAUAAAUAAAGAAAUACCUGAAUUAAC